UCAAAUACCCUCUCUGCAAAAUGGUCCAUCAAACUCGCACCGCCAGCAAGGCCAUCCCAGCCAAGCAUUUGAGCCCCAUGCGCAGCACGGAUAUGCAGCUCGGCAAAUAUGCCGUCUCUACAAGUCCUGCCGAUAGUUUUUUGCGCAACACGAGGCUCAAUGUGAAUGCAACCGGAACUGGAAACGGAACCGGCUCUGCCAAUACAGCUGCCUAUAAAUACAACAAUAUGGUCAAUAAUAAUCGGGAGCAGUUCAAUGCACUGCACUUCUGCUAAGCCUCAUGAUGUUGUCGAUGAUGUUUUUAAUAAAUAUAUAAUUUCAUAUAUAUAUCAAAUUAA